AGCCCGCGUGUGAUUGGAUGAGAAGAAGGCGCCUGUGUCUCCGCUUCCGGCCCGAGAGCAAUUAAUUUGUGGGCUUUCCCAAAGACGGAUGGAGAGCCCAGCGGCUUACUCCCCUUCGGCAGCCGGCGCUGUGUCCUCCACUCACCCCUCCCCUGGGGUUUGGCGGCUGGAUCACGGGGGACGACUUUCGGACCCCUGCCAUGGAUGAAGGUGGUUCCCGCAUCCGCCGGCGAGUGUGUGUCCCCAAAAGGAACCGUCCUAGCCUAGGGAUCAUUUUUGCCGCCCCCACCGCGGCCGAGCUCUUGCCGGGCGAUGAGGAAGAGGAGGAGGAGGAGAUGGUGGCUCGGAGCCCGCGGCGGAAAACUGUGGGCAUGCAACCGGUCGAGAAUAAUGACAGUGAAGAGGACAUGUUUGGUGACUAUGAUAGCUUUGCUGAAAACUCUUUUUUAGCUCAAGUUGAUGACCUGGAACAAAAAUAUAUGCAACUUCCUGAAAACAGGAAACAUGGUACAGACUUUGCCACUGAAAAUCUUUGUUCAGAAAGCAUCAAACAUAACAAACUCAGCAUUCCUACAGUGGGCAGCUGUACUGAAUCAAAAACGGAUGCGCCCACAAAGAACCAGAGCGGGCAUGAAGAUGUCUCUUCCAAACCUGGAGCUGAUCUUUUGUAUGAAUUGCCUUCUUCACAGGUUUUAUACUUUGAAAAUUUGCAGAACUCUUCAGAUAAUUUGGGGGAUCAGUCUACUAAAGAGAGGGAUUGGAACUCAUUCUCUCACAAGACUGUGAAUGAGGAAUUGCCCCAUCAUAGCAUAGAGCAACCCCAGCAAAUUGAUCAGUCCUCUUCUCAAGCCAGAGCUAGUUCAGAUGUGAAUAGGAGAAAAAGUCUUAAAGAUCAUCUAAAAAGCACCAUGACUGGAAAUGCCAAGGCUCAAACACCAAUAUUUGCUAGGACUAAACAGCUCAAAGAGACUCUCCUAUCUGAAGAAAUUCAUGUUGCUAAGAAAACAAUUGAGUCAUCGUCAGAUGACCUUGGUCCUUUUUAUUCAUUACCCAGCAAAGUGAAAGACCUUUAUGUUCAGUUCAAGGGAAUUGAAAAAUUAUAUGAAUGGCAACAUACUUGCUUAACAUUGAAUUCUGUGCAAGAAAGAAAAAAUUUAAUAUAUUCCUUGCCAACUAGUGGUGGAAAAACCCUCGUCGCUGAGAUUUUAAUGCUACAAGAACUGCUUUGCCGGCACAAAGAUGUUUUAAUGAUCCUUCCGUAUGUGGCAAUUGUCCAAGAAAAGAUUUCAGGUUUGUCAAGUUUUGGUAUAGAACUGGGCUUCUUUGUUGAAGAAUAUGCUGGAAGCAAAGGCAAAUUUCCUCCAAUUAAAAGAAGGAAAAAGAAAUCACUAUAUAUUGCCACUAUUGAAAAAGGACAUGGCCUGGUCAACUCAUUGAUUGAAACUGGAAGGAUUAGCAGUCUUGGUCUGGUUGUUGUGGAUGAGUUGCACAUGAUUGGUGAAGGAAGCCGUGGAGCUGUACUGGAAAUGACCCUAGCAAAAAUCCUCUACACUAGUAAAACAACUCAAAUCAUUGGUAUGAGUGCAACAUUGAGCAAUGUUGAAGACCUACAAAAGUUUCUUCAAGCAGAAUAUUACGCCAGUCAAUUCAGACCAGUUGAAUUAAAAGAAUAUCUGAAAAUAAAUGAUGCAAUAUAUGAGGUUGACAGCAAAGCUGAGAAUGGCAUAACUUUUUCACGUCUCCUUAAUUAUAAGUAUUCUGAUACUCUGAAAAAGAUGGAUCCUGAUCGCUUGGUAGCAUUGGUGACAGAAGUUAUUCCCAAUUAUUCCUGCUUAGUUUUUUGUCCCACUAAGAAGAACUGUGAAAACGUAGCCGAAAUGAUAUGCAAAUUUUUAAGCAAGGAAUAUAUGAAACACAGGGAGAAAGAAAAACAGGAGCUGAUUAAGAACUUGAAGAAUAUCAACAGUGGCAACUUGUGUGCUGUUUUAAAGCGCACGGUCCCACUAGGAAUUGCUUAUCACCAUAGUGGUUUGACGAGUGAUGAAAAGAAGCUCUUGGAGGAGGCCUAUUCCACGGGAGUUCUCUGCCUUUUAACCUGCACAUCUACCCUAGCAGCAGGUGUUAACCUACCAGCUCGAAGAGUUAUUUUGAGAGCUCCCUAUGUUGCUAAGGAAUUUUUAAAGAGGAAUCAAUAUAAACAGAUGGUUGGUAGAGCUGGCCGUGCUGGAAUAGACUCUAUUGGGGAGAGUAUCCUUAUAUUACAAGAAAAAGACAAGCAACAGGUAUUGGAGUUAAUAAGCAGACCAUUGGAAAGCUGUUAUAGCCAUCUUGUUCAAGAAUUUUCCAAAGGAAUCCAAACUUUGUUUCUCUCUUUGAUUGGUUUGAAGAUUGCAACAAAUCUUGGUGACAUAUAUCACUUUAUGAGUGGUACGUUUUUGGGUGUUCAGCAAAAGAUUUUGUUGAAAGAAAAAAGUCUCUGGGAAAUAACUGUUGAAUCACUUCGAUACCUGACAGAAAAAGGACUCCUACAAAAAGACACUAUUUUGACAGAAAAUGGAUUUAUGCAAAAAGAUGCUAUUUAUAAAUCUGAAGAAGGGUUCCAGUAUAGUUUUCAUAUUACAAAGUUGGGAAAAGCUUCUUUCAAGGGAACUAUAGAUUUGGCUUAUUGUAACAUUCUCUACAGAGACUUGAAGAAAGGUCUUGAAGGCCUUGUGCUUGAAAGCCUUCUUCAUCUAAUUUACCUGACCACCCCCUAUGAUAUGGCUUCUCAGUGUGACCCUGAUUGGAUGAUAUACUUCAGACAGUUUAACCAGCUCAGCCCAGCAGAGCAAAAUGCAGCUAAUCUUGUUGGCGUCUCAGAAAACUAUAUUGGGAAAAAGGCAUCAGGUCAAGCUAUCAAGAAGAAAGUGGACAAGGACAUUGUCAACAGACUCUACCUGUCUUUUGUUCUUUAUACUUUGCUCAAAGAGACCAACAUUUGGAGUGUGUCUGAGAAAUUUAAUAUGCCUAGAGGAUAUGUACAGAAUCUUCUCACUGCAGCUGCCACCUUCUCAUCUUGUGUGUUACAUUUCUGUGAGGAACUUGAGGAGUUCUGGGUUUACAGAGCCCUUUUGGGAGAGCUUACCAAGAAGCUGACUUACUGUGUGAAGGCAGAGCUAAUGCCUCUCAUGGAAGUGACUGGAGUUUUAGAGGGUCGAGCAAAACAAUUAUACAAUGCAGGCUAUAAAAGUCUAACGCACUUAGCUAAUGCAAAUCCUGAAGUGCUAAUAAAGACAAUUGAUCAUUUAUCACGACGGCAGGCCAAGCAAAUUGUUUCAUCAGCAAAGAUGCUCUUGCAUGAAAAAGCAGAUGCUUUGCAAGAAGAAGUAGAGGAGCUGUUGAGAUUGCCUUCUGAUUUCCCUGUUAUUGUGGACUCUCCCAUUGAAAAAGCAUGAAGCUCUCUGAUGAACACUUUCAAAUAUGAAUUAUUUAUUGUACAUAUGUUUUAUUAAAGAUUCCAUAUAAUUUAUAAGUGAAAAAAUACAUUUUAAAUAUACAUUCAGAACUAUGGAUGGUGUUUGAAUAUACCUCUCACCCGUAAUUUCAGUGACUUUCCCAGUAAUAAUCCAUCUUCUUCAAAAUUACACAUUAUUGCUCUUCUCAAACGUCUAGUGUCCACCACAAAAUGAAAUCCAAUUUCCUCAACAUCUCUGCAGCCUCCCUUUGUAGCCAGAUCUUUCAUUAUUCUCUUGCCCAUUUCUUUCAUCAAACUGGACUAUUUGAAAUUCCAGAAUUUUCCCUAUGAUUUCUAAACCCUUCAUUUCCUAACUGCUUUAUUCUGUUCCCAGUGCAUGGAAAAUUACCUUUAAAAUGUACUAUAUACUCUAAAUGUCAACUGAAAAUGCUCAAAUACUGUCUCCUCUUAUGAAAGUGUCCAAGUUCAUUCUCAUCCCCAUCCCAUAUGUGGGUUCUUCCCUCCCAUAGGUAUUGUGAGCCCCUCAUUUAUGCCCCUGUCUUUUUUCAUACUACUAGUUUGAAAUCUGGAAGGCUGAGACCUUUUUUUAUCACUUUCGUAUUUUACACAGCACCUACCACAGUUCACUGCACGAAGUAGGAACCUCUGUGAAGAAUGAAUACUACCCAAAUUAACGAUUUAAAGCUUCUCUACACACAAAUAUUGCCUCUCUUACCUCCCUUUUCAGCUGUAUAGCUCAAAUGUAGAUGACUGGUUACCUACAGGAAGAAAGGGUAAUAAUUAGCAAUAUUUAUCAGCACUGAGCUGGUUUUGUUAAAGUUUUACUCACCUGUCUGAGACAGCCAUUGGAAACUUUGCAAAUAGAUUCACAGCCUAAGUUCUUUGUGACUUGACAUUUUAGGUCAUUAUAAUGUAGCAGUUAUUUAACUAGUAAUUUCUAUGUACCAGACACUGUUGUAAGUGCCUUAUGUAACUAAUUUAAUCCUUACAACAAUACUACAACAUAAAGCAGAUAUUAUUAUCCCCAUUUUACAAAUGAGUAAACUGAGACACAGAGAAAUUAAAGUACCUUGCCCAAUGUCAUAUACUAGUUAGUUUCAGGGCAGAAAUUCAGGCCCAAGCAGUUCCAACCUAAAGUUUGUAUACUUAACCAUUAUACAAUAAUAUUGUCUUGGUGGAAUUUGCCCCAUUUAUCCCUUCCUAAGUGUUCUUUUUCACCUGGCCUUGAUUUCAUCCCUAGCAUUACAUCUCAUUCACCCCCACCCCUUCGUAUGAGUCAGAGGAGUCAAAGUGUGGCAUCCUAAUGUCUUAGUAGAACCUUGGGCUUCAUUGCACGUGUUCCAUUUGUUGCAGCUAAAAAGAGUACAAGAGCAGCUGGCUAUCCUGCUGGCUCCUUGGCCUAACCUCUGAGGUGUGCUCGCAGUGGUCCAUACUCCAGUCUUCAGGUUGUCUUUUUUCAAUCUAGAAACCCAACUGCAGUGGUUGCCAUGGGCUACCGUGUGUAGCCAGCAGCCAGCAUGAGCGGCCAGCAGCCGCAGU